AAUCAGGAAGUCGGGAAGUUUUGUGGCAAAACAAACCUUAAGUGGCAGAAUGAGUAGAAUAUAUGAUAACAGAGCAUUACAGAAUAAAGCAGUUCAUAAUGAAAAGCUGAGUUUUACAUGGAAUCCAUCUCUCUAUCAGAGGGGUGAUGGAGUGAUUGUAGAGGGAACAUUUGUUGAUGUGUCUCGCCAUGCUAUUACAGACAUCAACAAUAAAAAGGAACGUUAUAAUGUUUUGUACAUCAAACCGAGUCGAAUCCACUGCAGAAAAUAUGACAGCAAAGGCAAUGAGAUCGAACCAAACUUCAGCGAAACCAGGAAGGUCAACACCGGUUAUCUAAUGUCGUCCUACAAAAUGGAGGCCAAGGGUGAGUCUGAUCUUCUAAGUGAGGAGCAACUGAAGUGCAUAGUAAACAAAAAGGACCUUCUGGAAAUAACCCAGAAGCAUUGUCCCAACCAGACCUUCGCAUUCUGGAUCCUGGAGACUGAGAUGGAGAAGACGGAGCUAGAGACGGGUCAGGAUAUCAGGCUGAAAACCAAAGGAGAUGGUCCCUUUAUAUUUUCCUUUGCCAAGUUGGAUGCUGGCACAGUGACAAAGUGCAAUUUUGCUGGAGAUGAGACUGCUGGGAAAUCAUGGACAGACAAGAUAAUGGCCAAUAAAGGAGAUACCCAGAGUAAAGUCCCUACAGCUGCACAGGGUGAAGUGGCUGAGGAUGAUGAGUGGGAUGAAUGAUCAGUACACAGGAAACAUAAGAGCUGAAGAUCAUGGACUUUUUAACCACAGCGUAUGUAGCCGAACAUCAUAUACAGUAACUGCUUUUCAUAUAAAUUCAUCUGACUUUUUGAUAUGUACACUACUAAUAAAUGCUUAUAAUAAUUUUUUUACUGAGA